GCAGGUGUGAUUCCUGUGACGUACGCUUCCGGCAGCCCACUUCAUGAUAUUGUUGUACCUCUGGAUGGUGAAGCAACGGGAUUCCAUGCACAUGAUCCGCAGAGCUUUGUGAACGCCAUGCAUGCGGUGCUGAGCAUGGGUAAGUCGGAGCAGCGAGCGAUAAGGACGCACGCACGU